CUUUAAAGUUUCAGUCGCUUGUUUUUUUGAACCGAAUGAUUUAACUGCCGUUUAGAUUAUGUUAUGUUAUGUUAUGCUAUGCUAGCUCGUUACAUUCAUAUGAUUCAAUUUCUGCUGUGUUUGGUAUUAGAAUUGUUUUAAUUAUUAUUCUUGCUAGAUCAUGCUUUGAUGGUUAGUUAGUGUUGAUUUUAAUUAAAUUGUGAUAGUAUUGAUUUAAUUGAAGUAGAUUAUGUUUAUUGGUGAACUUUUGAGGGUUUUUCUGAAGUGAGAUUUUGUGGAUUAUUGUUUUAGUUCAUCCAUGAUAAUGGGAAAUUUGGUUGAGGUUUAUGUGAUGUAAAAUGGUGAGAUUAGAGAUAAAUCAAAAUUCUUUCUGAGAAUACUCAGAGAUUAUGGAAUACCGAGUAGAAGCAAGUAUGUUUUCGUUGAUUAUGAGAAUACCCAGAGAAUAUGGAAUAUGGAGUAGAAUUAAGCGUUUUUUGGUUUUUGUUAAUUCUGAGAAUACCCGGAAUAUUGAUAUAUAUUUUGAGGUUGUUAGUUGAUUGUAGGAAUACUUGAAAUAUUGAAUAAAACUAAGCAACCCUUUGUUUGUUUCAUUUUUACGGGUGUUACUAGGAUCAAUGUGAUUGUUGAAAGCCUAUAUUUAAGUAAUGUGCUGAUUUUAGGAUUACUUGAAAUACUGAAAAAUGCUAAGCUGAGUUUUUAUUUGGUUUCAUUUUUCUUGGUAUUCCAAGAAUAAUGAAUUAUUGAAAGCCAGUCAUUCGGUUGUAUCAUUAUCAUUUUGGCUAUUGAAUUUGUUUGGGAUUAAUGUCUUCAAAUCUUGUCAUGUUCUUUUGGCAGUGGAAUGUUAUCCUGUUUGGUUGUAGAAGAUGAAUCCACAGCCCUCUAGGGAAGAUGGUAAUCACGAAAGACUGAAGAAGUAUGGCUGAUGAAGAGAAAAAUCUGGUUGAAAUCUUAGAAGCAAAUAACCUGAUUGAUAUGGCCAAGUACAUAACCUAUGUUGGUGCUCCACAAGCUGGAGCCAUAGCAACAUUUGCAGGCACAACACGUGACACCUUUGAAGGAAAAACAGUCGUGGAGCUAAGGUAUGAAGCUUAUGUACCGAUGGCAAUACGCUGCAUCAAAUCUAUCUGUUCAUCAGCUAGAUCAGCCUGGAAUCUUCAUUCCAUUGCAGUUGUACACCGGCUAGGCACUGUUCCAGUGGGAGAAACAAGUGUCUUUAUAGUCGUUUCAGCUGUUCAUCGAGCUGAUGCCCUGGAUGCUUGUAAGUUUUUGAUUGAUGAGUUGAAGGCAUCUGUUCCUAUAUGGAAGAAGGAAGUAUAUUCCAAUGGAGAAGUUUGGAAGGAGAAUUCAGAAUUUAAAGAAAGAAGAUUAGAGCUGGGGAAGAAAGAUGGCGUUUGCAAUAGAGGAGAAGUUUUGGUAAAAACACAUGAUAGAAAGACCUGUUGCGGGACAAAGGUCAAGGUGGACAACGAAGAAAUCGGAGAUAUCAGCGCUGGCAAGUAAGAGAUUGGAGAGUUAUCGUUACUAUUUAUUUGCACACUUUUACAUGUUUCAGGUUGCCACCUUAUGAUACUUGGUACAAUUUUGCCACACAGAACAGUCCACUCCUGAUUACUUAUUUCUAGCUUAACCACCCAAAAGCUUUGUGAUAGUCUUUCUACUCCUUAAUCCGUUGCGUCCUAUCGGUUGCGGCUGUGCUAUGCCCACUAAUAUUUGGGAAAGAUUGUUCUUCUACAAUGUCACUACUGUAUAUUAUGUGUAUUGUGGAUAAACAUCACUUAGAUGUUA